AUGGAAAACCACGAGCGAGUGGAACGCGAACUGUUGGAGCAGUGCGGCCGCGUCACUACCCUGGCGGAGUGUUUCGUGUGGAUGCAACGAUGCGACGAGUGCGUCGUGAGCUUGGAGGAGCUCUGCCGCACCAAGCGUCCGCGUCUUGCCGUCGGGCACAGACAAUCCGCGGUGGCGAGGAUCGCGCGACUCGCGGGUGCGAGGACGCAGUUGGAACGACGGUUCGUGCACGUGGGUGGUGGCGGUGGUGAUCGCGAUAGAUCUCUAGCGUGGCGCGAGAUCGACGCCGCGUUCGAGAGGCGCGUUCUGACCGGUGCGGUGAUAAACUUUGAACACAUAGAACCGCGACAGUUUUUGGAAGACGCCGGUAGUGUGGUGCUCGAGCGAGUGCGAGGCGCUAUAGAGAGACACGGUAGCGUGAAAGUGAACACCGCGUUCAACGGUGAGUUCAUUGCGGGCGAUAAACGCACCGUUAUGAGUAUAAACAGUAAAAACUGCGAACUGUAUCCAGCGUCGAAUGUGCGCGAGUGGUACGUGUCGCGCGUUAUCGAGCCUACGUUGGCGUCGCUCGAAGAGCACCAGGAGCGCGACAGCGGGUGGGCGCUCUCGCGAAUCCUGAACUUGACGGUGAACGUGAACAAACUUAAUCCUAUGCACGCGGGAUGCUACGUCGAAUUGCCGAAGAAAAUUAAAGACAAGCACGCGCUGGUUAACGUAAGUUCGAAGGACGAUGCAUGCUUCGCGUGGUCGGUAGUAGCCGCUCUGUACCCCGCAGAAAAUCAUGUGUAUCGGGCAUCGUUGUAUCCGCAUUACUCUACAGUGCUCAACUUCACGGAUAUCGAAUUUCCAGUGAAAUUAAAAGACAUUUCGAAAUUCGAACGCUCGAACAAUGUGUCGGUCAACGUCUACGGUAUCGAGGACGGGGACAUCCUACCUCUUCGGCUCACCGACGACAAGAAAGAGAGGCACGUCAAUCUCCUGUACGUGCAAGACGGCGACACGGAACAUUUCGUGACGAUCAAGCAUCUUUCCCGACUCGUAGGAUCGCAACUCUCCAAAAAGAAGACUAAGAAAUUCUUUUGUGAUCGUUGCCUCCAUUAUUUUUCCUCCAACGAAAAAUUGGAGAUCCACAGCGAGGACUGCGGUAAAUUAAACAAGUGCGCUAUCCGCCUACCUAGCGAGGAGAAAAAGUGGUUGGAGUUCCACAACUACGGUAUGAAGGAGCGGGCGCCGUUUGUAGUAUACGCCGACCUGGAGUGCGUCUUGCGAAAGACGGAAGACGCCGCAACAUCGACAUCGUCGUACGCGUACCAGCAGCACGAGGUAUUUAGUAUAGGGUACUACGUGCGGUGCUCGUACGACGACACGUUAUCAGCGUAUCGAUGUCAGCGCGAUAACGACUGCGUCAGCUGGUUCGCGCGCCAGCUCGAGGAUUUGGCGCACCGCGUGAAAAAUAUAAUAACGACCAACCGGCCUAUGGAUUUCACGCGAGACGACUGGCAGAAAUUCAACAGUGCGACGCACUGUCAUAUCUGUGAGAAACCGUUCGCGCCGGGUGAUGAGCGGGCACGCGACCAUUGUCACCUCACCGGGCGAUACCGCGGCCCAGCGCAUAAGGGCUGCAACGUGAAUUAUAAGGACUCUCUGUACAUUCCGGUUGUAUUCCACAACCUAUCGGGAUACGACGCGCACUUCGUUAUAAAAGAAAUCGCUACAAAAUUCAAGGGGAAAGUAGAUCUACUUCCUCUGACUAAAGAAAAAUACAUUUCGUUCACUAAACACGUUAAAGACACUAGUGACGAAGAUUCGCGAAAUUGCGUUAAAUUAAGAUUUAUCGAUUCUUAUAAAUUUUUGAGUUCGAGUCUAGAUAAAUUAGCGUCUUAUCUCGAGAAGGAUAAGUUAAAAAUUGUGAGAUCCGAAUUUUCGAGUCUGUCGGACGAAGAUUUCAAUCUGCUUACUCGUAAAGGAGUAUUUCCUUACAAGUACGUAGAUUGCGUCGAAAAACUGAACGAUACACGCUUACCGCCGCGCGAAUCGUUUCACAGCUCGCUGACGGGUGAUACGGUGUCCGAGAGCGAUUACGCGCACGCCGCGAACGUAUGGAAGCGGUUCUCCGUGCGAACGCUCGGCGAGUACAGCGAUCUGUACUUGAAAACCGACGUAUUGUUAUUGACCGACGUUUUCGAAAAUUUUCGCGAAAGUUGCGUCGCGAGUUACGGUCUCGAUCCCGCGCAUUACUACACAUUGCCAGGUUUCACGUGGGACGCUAUGCUGAAACACACGCGCGUGAAAUUCGAGUUGCUCACCGAUAUAGAUAUGGUGAUGUUUAUCGAGCGCGGUAUACGCGGUGGCCUUAGCCAAUGUUCCGGCAGAUACGCAAAGGCCAAUAACAAGUACAUGCGUUCGUACAACUCGUCGAAACCGUCGUCGUACCUGAUGUACUACGACGUUAACAAUCUAUACGGAUGGGCGAUGUGUCAGCCGCUGCCCUACGCGGAUUUUCGAUCAGCCGAAGACGCCGCGAACUUCGACGCGAACGCGAUCGCUCCGGAUUCGCCCACCGGGUACAUACUCGAGGUAGAUCUCGAGUAUCCGCAACAUUUUCACGACGCGCACGCUGACUUACCGUUCUGCCCGACGCGCGAUAAGCCGCCCGACAAGCGCGAGAAUAAACUGCUCGCGACUCUGUACUAUAAAUAG